CUCGCAAUCCCGCGACGAUGUCAACCUCACCACCCGCAGCCGGCGCCGCCCGUGCGGCCCGAAGUGGCGGGGUGGCGUGCUUUGGGUCUGGUCGCGUGGCAUAUCCACUCGUAGAGUUCCUGACUCGCGAUGCAUCUGCCCAUCUGACAUUGGUCUCCGACGAUGCGUUGCAGCUGGCAUCGUUCGCUUCCCGAAUCUCCCGCCUGCAUCGGGCGAAUCUCACGAUUGAAACGAUGGCGGCGGUGGACACAGAAGAGUCGCUCGCCCUCAUCACGGAUUUUCUCAAGCAGCGGGCGUUUGCAUGUGCCGUUGCGCUCGUCCCCGAAGAUGCACAAUACACACUCGCCCGCGCAUGCAUUGCCACCAACACACCUCUCGUCACCGCCAGCUACGUGUCGCCCCGCAUUCGUCAAUUGCAUCAAGCGGCCAUCGAUGCGGACAUCCCGCUGCUUUGCGAGUGUGGGCUUGAUCCUGGCCUUGAUCACAUGGGGGCUGUGGACAUGAUCGCGUCGAUCCAGAAAGCUAGCCGAGGCGUGAUCACUAAGUUCACUUCGGUGUGUGGGGGGCUGCCGGCGCCCGAGUCGGCCACAAAUCCCCUCGGGUACAAGUUUACUUGGGCUCCUCUAGGGGCUCUCCGAGCGCUUCAGCGUUCUGCGCAGUUCAAAGAAUGCGACCGCACGGUGUCGAUAUGUGGGCGAGACUUGCUGUCCCACGCGAUGCCAGUGCGCACGAUCCCCGCCCUUGCGCUGGAGCAACUGCCGAACGGCGACGCGAUUCCAUAUGCCAAACUGUACGGCAUCCCCGACGUCCCGACCAUCUUUCGGGGAACAUAUCGGUAUCGCGGCUUUUGCGCUAUCAUGCGAGACUGUGUCGCGCUCGGCUUGCUGGACGAUGCACCACUCCCUUCUACCAACGUGACGACGUGGUCGCAUUUACUGGCAGCCGUCAGAGCAGCAAAGGAAGGGCUUUGUCAAGCCGUUGAAACAAACGAGUUCUUUGCGUGGAUCGGCGACGACGUGUCGACGCGAGGCGGGGCCACGUGCCUUGCAGCGUUUGCAAACGUGCUCGAGCAACGGCUGGCUAUGGCCCUGGACGACCGGGACCUGGUGGUCCUCACCCACGCAGUUGAAGUCGACAUGGGGAACGGAGCGAUGGAAGUGCACACGGCGUCGUUGAUCGGAUACGGCGAUCACGAGAGCACAUUCAUGGCUAAAUCCGUGGGCGUCACCGCCGCCGUCGUCACGCAGCUCGUUGUGGAAGGCCGCGUGAAGCAUCGAGGCAUCCUCGCGCCGACGACUCCCGAUGUGUACACACCGGCGCUUGCCGCUCUCGAGAAAGAAGGCAUUCGCUUUGACGUGCAUGUGACACGCCGUCAUGCCGCCAAAUUGUAGCCACGAGUUGGAAUCGAAUAGAAGCAUGCGUUUCGAUGACGAAUGAACCGACACUUGACUCGAACUUGUCCAUGCAGCCAUGCCGCGGAGGCCGGGGGCAGGAGGUGGGAGCCACGAAGUGGCGAUGCAGGUUGACCAACGUGGCUGGGAGUCUCCUCGAUCGAAGAGUGUGCCGUGAUGUCCAAAGGGGUGCCGCGGAUCAGUCCACCGGUUCACACUCGGGUUCAUCUUGUAGCGGUUUAAUUUGCAAAGACACCGCGCGACCAAA